AUGAAGAUCGGUCUUUGCGCCUACAGUGGUUACAAGAUAUACCCUGGCCAUGGCAAAACCAUGGUUAAGGUGGAUGGCAAGACUUUCACAUUCUUGAAUUCAAAAUGUGAGGCAGCCCAUUUAAUGAGAAGGAAUCCUCGAAAAGUCACUUGGACUGUUCUUUACAGACGCAAGUUCAAGAAAGGACAAGAGGAAGAACAAGCCAAGAAGCGCACGAGGAGGACCCAGAAGUUCCAACGUGCCAUUGUGGGUGCAUCCCUCAGUGAUAUCAUGGCUAAGCGCAACAUGAAACCAGAAGUUAGGAAAGCUCAGAGAGAGCAGGCAAUCAAAGCUGCAAAGGAACAGAAAAAGUCAACAAAAGCAGCUAAAAAGACUACUGCUCCUCCAACAAAAGCAAAGGCUGCUCCUAAAGCUAAGGCUGCGAAAGUAAGUCAGAAGUCGGCACCACGUGUUGGUGGCAAGCGA